AUGUUUCAUACAAUUCAACGACAACUAAAAAUAUUUCUCUUAAUCAUAUGUUUCUGUUUCAAUCUCAUAAUUGGAGGUCCUGAUCAACUUCGUUUGUUAGAAUAUUUACUGAAUAGUCGAUACAAACCAAUUGCACGACCUGUUCAAAAUGAUUCUCACACAUUACCUGUUACUAUAAAUUUAGCAUUACAACAAAUCAUUAGUUUUGAUGGAAAGAACGAAGCUAUUAGUAUUAGUGGUUGGAUGACUAUCAUGUGGAAUGAUUACAGUUUAAGAUGGAGACCAGAAGAUUUUGGUAAUAUUCAAACACUGUGA